AGAGGUCACAUUCUCGCAGACUGUGCUAUACAUCCAAGUCUUUGAAUUGAAAUACACUACACGAAGAAGAAAAAAAGAGAUUAAUAACCAUCGCUGCAGGCUCCCUGCGUGAUCUAACAUGUUUACACAGCAGAUUCGGUGGUCAUUAAGCGGGCAUUGGCAUACAUUAAUGCCGUUACUUUCACAGCCAUUUUUGUGUCUCCCAGUCAGCUUUCAAACCAUCGUUCGCUUCAGUCGAUUUUCGAGCCAAGAAAACGGUUUACUGGCAGUUGUCUGCGAAGAUGGGAGACAACAAUCAAGAAUCUGUAAAAUAUGAGCUUCUAGAUUCCUCGGUUAAAACAAUUAUUCACAAGGCUCAGGCCAUUAGAGAAAAAGCAUAUUGCCCAUACAGCAAAUUUGCAGUGGGCGCGGCACUGUUGUGUGAAGAUGGGACUAUAGUUGAUGGUUGCAAUGUUGAAAACGUUUCGUAUGGCUUAACAAUAUGUGCGGAAAGAGCUGCUAUUUGUAAAGCAAUUUCCCAAGAACAGAAAUCUUUCAAAUGCAUAGCUAUUUGCGCUGAAAUGGAAGACUACUUUGUCAGUCCUUGUGGAGCUUGUCGGCAGGUCCUAGCCGAAUUCAACACUGGCAUGGAAGUCUACUUGUGUAAACCAAAUAAUGACAUUGUAAAGACUUCGGUGACGAAGUUGCUACCUCUCUCAUUUACACCAAACUGGGUUUCGUUUUCCACAUGAUUGAACUAAAUCCCGAAAUGACACUAUUUUUGUCCAAAAAUAUCAUAGAAAACACAUUAACAUACCACUUUUAGGAUUUUAUUACCCUAGAUUCUGUCAGUUACCAACGUAACCAAAGGACACCAGGAAAAAUUCAGCUAGGAAGAUUUCUAAUCGUUUUUAGAUAAGAAAUUUUUGGCAUUUGUCAAAAACUUGAAAUAAUAAAACAAAAAACUCAUGGUCCGCCUGAGUGCUCCAGUAA